GGCGCCCCCUGCCGGCCGGGCUCCGGCACGCAUCCAGUCCGGAGCGCGGGGACGCAGGCCGGCGAGCCGGGAGCGAGAGGGCAGGCAGGCGGGCGGGCGGUCGGGCGGGCGCGCCCGGCAGGAGCUGACCUGUCCUGGACACAGCCUAACUAACGAAGCCGCUGCAGGAUGAGAAGAUGGCAGCGCGGCUGCUCGCACCACCAGGCCCUGACAGUUUCAAGCCUUUCACCCCUGAGUCGCUGGCAAACAUCGAGAGGCGCAUUGCCGAAAGCAAGCUCAAGAAACCAGCGAAGGCGGAUGGCAGCCAUCGGGAAGAUGACGAGGACAGCAAGCCCAAGCCCAACAGUGACUUGGAAGCAGGGAAGAGUUUGCCUUUCAUCUAUGGGGACAUCCCCCAAGGCCUGGUUGCAGUUCCCCUGGAGGACUUUGACCCAUACUAUUUGACGCAGAAAACCUUUGUAGUAUUAAACAGAGGGAAAACUCUCUUCAGAUUUAGUGCCACGCCUGCCUUGUACAUUUUAAGUCCUUUUAACCUGAUAAGAAGAAUAGCUAUUAAAAUUUUGAUACAUUCAGUGUUCAGCAUGAUCAUCAUGUGCACCAUCCUGACCAACUGUGUAUUCAUGACCUUUAGUAACCCUCCCGACUGGUCCAAGAAUGUGGAGUACACAUUCACAGGGAUUUAUACAUUUGAAUCACUAGUGAAAAUCAUUGCGAGAGGUUUCUGCAUAGACGGCUUCACUUUCUUACGAGACCCAUGGAACUGGCUAGACUUCAGUGUCAUCAUGAUGGCAUAUGUGACAGAGUUUGUGGACCUGGGCAAUGUCUCAGCGCUGAGAACAUUCAGGGUUCUCCGAGCUUUGAAAACUAUCUCUGUAAUUCCAGGCCUGAAGACAAUCGUGGGUGCCCUCAUUCAGUCUGUGAAGAAGCUGUCGGAUGUGAUGAUCUUGACCGUGUUCUGCUUGAGCGUUUUCGCCCUAAUUGGCCUGCAGCUGUUCAUGGGGAACCUUCGGAACAAGUGUGUGGUGUGGCCCAUAAACUUCAAUGAGAGCUACCUUGAAAACGGCACCAGAGGCUUUGACUGGGAAGAAUAUAUCAACAAUAAAACAAACUUUUACACGGUUCCUGGCAUGCUAGAGCCCUUGCUCUGUGGGAACAGUUCCGAUGCUGGGCAAUGCCCGGAGGGUUACCAGUGUAUGAAAGCAGGAAGGAAUCCCAACUAUGGUUACACAAGCUUUGAUACUUUCAGCUGGGCCUUCUUGGCAUUAUUUCGCCUUAUGACCCAGGACUAUUGGGAGAACUUAUACCAGUUGACCUUACGAGCAGCUGGGAAAACAUACAUGAUCUUCUUUGUCCUGGUCAUCUUUGUGGGUUCUUUCUACUUGGUGAACUUGAUCUUGGCUGUGGUGGCCAUGGCUUAUGAAGAGCAGAACCAGGCAACCUUGGAAGAGGCCGAGCAAAAAGAGGCUGAGUUCAAAGCAAUGUUGGAGCAGCUCAAGAAGCAGCAGGAAGAGGCCCAGGCUGCUGCAAUGGCCACUUCAGCCGGCACUGUCUCAGAAGAUGCCAUUGAGGAAGAAGGUGAAGAUGGGGUCGGCUCUCCGCGGAGCUCCUCUGAACUUUCUAAACUCAGCUCUAAGAGUGCCAAGGAGCGUCGGAACAGGCGGAAGAAGAGGAAGCAGAAGGAACUCUCUGAGGGGGAGGAGAAGGGAGACCCCGAGAAGGUGUUUAAGUCGGAGUCGGAAGAUGGCAUGAGAAGGAAGGGCUUCCGGCUGCCAGACAACAGGAUAGGGAGGAAGUUUUCCAUCAUGAAUCAGUCUCUGCUGAGCAUCCCGGGCUCACCCUUCCUCUCCCGCCACAACAGCAAAAGCAGCAUCUUCAGCUUCCGGGGCCCCGGGCGGUUCCGAGACCCCGGCUCGGAGAACGAGUUCGCAGACGACGAGCACAGCACGGUGGAGGAGAGCGAGGGCCGGCGCGACUCGCUGUUCAUCCCGAUCCGCGCCCGCGAGCGGCGCAGCAGCUACAGCGGCUACAGCGGCUACAGCCAGUGCAGCCGCUCGUCCCGCGGCGUCUUCCCCAGCCUGCGGCGCAGCGUGAAGCGCAACAGCACGGUGGACUGCAACGGCGUGGUGUCGCUCAUCGGGCCCGGCUCGCACAUCGGGCGGCUCCUGCCUGAGGCAACAACCGAAGUGGAAAUCAAGAAGAAAGGCCCUGGGUCUCUUUUGGUCUCCAUGGAGCAGCUCGGCUCCCACGGACGGAAGGACAGGAUCAACAGCAUCAUGAGUGUCGUCACAAAUACGCUAGUGGAAGGUUUGAGUCAAGUUGAAGUCUCUUUAGUCAGCCUUAUAGCUAAUGCCCUGGGCUACUCGGAACUAGGUGCCAUAAAGUCCCUUAGGACCCUAAGAGCUUUGAGACCCUUAAGAGCCUUAUCACGAUUUGAAGGGAUGAGGGUGGUGGUGAAUGCCUUGGUGGGCGCCAUCCCCUCCAUCAUGAAUGUGCUGCUGGUGUGUCUCAUCUUCUGGCUGAUUUUCAGCAUCAUGGGAGUUAACCUGUUCGCGGGAAAGUACCACUACUGCUUUAAUGAGACUUCUGAAAUCCGGUUUGAAAUUGAAAUCGUCAACAAUAAAACUGACUGUGAAAAGCUCAUGGAGGGCAACAACACGGAGAUCAGGUGGAAGAACGUGAAGAUCAACUUUGACAACGUGGGGGCAGGGUACCUGGCCCUUCUGCAGGUGGCAACCUUCAAAGGCUGGAUGGACAUCAUGUACGCAGCCGUAGAUUCCCGGAAGCCUGACGAGCAGCCUAAAUACGAGGACAACAUCUACAUGUACAUCUACUUUGUCAUCUUCAUCAUCUUCGGCUCCUUCUUCACCCUCAACCUCUUCAUUGGCGUCAUCAUUGAUAACUUCAAUCAACAGAAGAAAAAGUUUGGAGGUCAAGACAUCUUCAUGACGGAGGAACAGAAGAAGUACUACAAUGCCAUGAAGAAGCUGGGCUCCAAGAAACCCCAGAAGCCCAUUCCCCGCCCUUUGAACAAAAUCCAAGGAAUCGUCUUCGAUUUCGUCACUCAGCAGGCCUUUGACAUUGUCAUCAUGAUGCUCAUCUGCCUUAACAUGGUGACCAUGAUGGUGGAGACGGACACUCAGAGCAAGCAGAUGGAGAACAUUCUCUACUGGAUCAACCUGGUCUUCGUCAUCUUCUUCACCUGCGAGUGCGUACUCAAGAUGUUUGCCUUGAGGCACUACUACUUCACCAUCGGCUGGAACAUCUUCGACUUCGUGGUGGUCAUCCUCUCCAUCGUGGGAAUGUUCCUGGCUGAUAUCAUUGAGAAGUACUUUGUCUCCCCAACCCUGUUCCGAGUCAUCCGAUUGGCCCGCAUUGGACGCAUCUUGCGUCUGAUCAAAGGUGCCAAAGGGAUUCGCACCCUGCUCUUUGCCUUAAUGAUGUCAUUGCCUGCCCUGUUCAACAUUGGCCUUCUGCUCUUCCUGGUCAUGUUCAUCUUCUCCAUCUUUGGGAUGUCCAACUUCGCAUAUGUCAAGCACGAGGCUGGAAUUGAUGACAUGUUCAACUUUGAGACAUUUGGCAACAGCAUGAUCUGCCUAUUUCAGAUCACAACCUCGGCUGGUUGGGACGGCCUGCUGCUGCCAAUCCUGAACCGCCCCCCUGACUGCAGCCUGGACAAGGAACACCCAGGGAGUGGCUUCAAAGGGGACUGCGGGAACCCCUCCGUGGGCAUCUUCUUCUUUGUCAGCUACAUCAUCAUCUCCUUCCUGAUCGUGGUGAACAUGUACAUCGCCAUCAUCUUGGAGAACUUUAGUGUAGCCACAGAGGAGAGCGCUGAUCCACUGAGCGAGGAUGACUUUGAGACUUUCUACGAGAUCUGGGAGAAGUUUGACCCUGACGCCACCCAGUUCAUCGAGUACUGUAAGCUGGCCGACUUCGCAGAUGCCCUAGAACAUCCUCUCCGAGUGCCCAAGCCCAACACCAUCGAGCUCAUUGCCAUGGACCUGCCCAUGGUCAGCGGAGAUCGCAUCCACUGCUUGGACAUCCUCUUUGCCUUCACCAAGCGGGUCCUGGGAGACAGUGGGGAGUUGGACAUCCUGCGGCAGCAGAUGGAGGAGCGGUUCGUGGCAUCCAAUCCUUCCAAAGUGUCUUACGAGCCUAUCACAACCACUCUGCGGCGCAAGCAGGAGGAGGUGUCCGCGGUGGUCCUGCAGCGUGCCUACAGGGGACAUUUGGCUAGGCGGGGCUUCAUCUGCAGAAAGAUGACCUCCAAUAAGCUGGAGAAUGGAGGCACACACCCAGAGAAGAGGGGAAGCACCCCGUCCACGGCCUCCCUCCCCUCCUAUGACAGCGUGACAAAACCUGACAAGGAGAAGCAGCAGCGGGCAGAGGAAGGAAGAAGGGAAAGAGCCAAGAGGCGAAAAGAGGUCCGAGAGUCUAAGUGUUAGAGACAGAGAGAAGGGAAGCUUACACUGGCUUAGCCCUGGCAAGUGAAAGCCUGUUUACAAACUCCCGAAUCUCACGGAUGCAGAGCAGCUGUGGAGAUGCUGGACCGGAAGACCUAUACCAAACAUAGUCUGCUUACACGGGACACGGUUGCAUCUGGAGCAGUGACCUGCCGAGGGCAAAGGACCCUGCUCCCUGGACUCAAGAUUUUCUGUCGCUUGGGCAGGUGGUUACUGCAUGUUCCACACUCAGUCAAUGCAACUUAGGACUACACUAACAGGAUACAAAACAGAGGCGGCUGCCGGGACCAGCAGAUUGCCGUUGCAGCCAAACGGAUUUUAUUUUUUCAUUUGUUGAUUCUCAGAAGCAGGAAGCAUCACUUUAAAAGUUUGUUUGUUCAUGCAAACAAUAUUUGCAUUCUUACAUUAGUUAAGCUAAGCAGCAAAAAGAAACACACACACACACACACACACACACACACACACACAUUCAGCCUAUGUCACUAAUUGUCUGUUUUCUUUGACAUAAGCAGCAUCUUCUCCACAUGGGCGUCACAUGGUUUGGAGAUGGGUGGGGGAAACAAUCAGGUUUUUUCAGGCUGAGGAGGACUUGCUCAGGCCAAUUCCAAAUAUUGUGCUCGUUCAAUGCGUAGAAAUGAUUUGCAUGAUGGCAUGCCGUGAUCAGAAGUCAUGCAUGAGAUCCAUACACCACAAGACACUAUUAAUCCUGUCCCCUGCACUGGGUCAGCCUUUGGACAGGACCCAGCCCUGCACCGCUCACUGUAUUUGGAGAAAUGGUAGGAGUUCCAGACCGGCUGCAAUCCUUUCUGAGUUCUUAGAAGUCUUUCAUACACCUCCGGGUAGGGAAACAUAACUAACCAAUUGACCGCCACCACCACCACCACCAGAAACAAUCCAACCCAACAAGCAGAUGGAUCCGUUGUGUGUACAUGUUUAACAGACAUCUCACCAUGCAGCCAUUGUUGCACAUUUUGCAAGGUAAACUAUCUAAUGCUGCUCUGUCCAGUACAUGGGGAGACUUUGGCCCCGAAUGGCUUGUACUAUUAAUGUCACUGUAAAACCAAAUCCUAGGGCUAAAAAACAAAUAGGAAAAGAGUUCAUUUGUAUCUUGCAAUAUUCUAACGAUUGUUUAGCCUUCAUCCUGGAGUACUGUCACUGGGGUAGAGCUACAAGUGUAUUCCUGGUAGCAUGUAUCUCUGGGAGGCCUUUGGGGGACUUACAGAAACCUUUCUUUGGGGGUAAUGGGGUGCUCACUUCAUUCGGUGUCAUGUCUGUCUGCAUUAUGGCUUUUCUCAGGCUCAGGGAGAUACGGAAAGGGGUUCAGGGGUUCUGAACCUGCAGAGGGAUUGUCACAUGCUCCAUCUGCUGGUCCUUCCUGCUCCCAUCACAUUCCUCCAGCCAGCAGGGCUGCCCUUCCCAGCUGUCCAGGGCUAGGGAAGGGCAGCAGUGUUGCUUGGGGUAUGGCUGCAGGCUCUUCCGUUCAUGGUCUUCAGAAUGAUGUAACUAGCAGGACCUGAGGUAGAGGUGGAGCCACUCGGACCGAGCCCACUUGGUCCUGUUACUGCACUGGCUUUUGUGAGAAAGGGACUCUAGUAAUCCUUUGGGGUGUUGCGGCUUCCCUGGCAUGUCCUCUCUGCCCACCUUGCUUUCUGCGUAGUGGCCUGACCACCGUCAUCAGGGGAUGACUUCUGGGAGAGCGCCAUGGCUUCCAUCCCAUCUCCUGCUUUGCAGAAGACAGCUCUUAGUCCAGGGUGUCUCUCCUGAACACAAGGCUUCAAAGCCAAGAUGCUGCACUUGAGUGUUAGAAAGUGUCUCCAAAUCGAGUCAGCACUAUCCUUCCUGAGCGUAGGGUGGAGGGGAGCGAGCAGUCCACCACUAGACACAUUAGACCAAUCUGCCCUGCAGUGGCAGCACUUUGGAUGUGAUCUCACAGUCCACUUGACGAGUUUUGCAUAGAACACACCACAGCCAGUCAGUGAGCAGAGCUUUCUCUCUUGUUGGACCGGUAGACACUGUCCUGCUGUCCUAAGCGUGCCUGCCGAGACCAGCUCAGGAAGUGUGUCAACGCCACUGCUGCUAGGACGAAUGUAGAGAACCACGUACAGGCGACGUCGUAAACAGCACAAAACAGAAGCUGACGUGUGUGGUUAUUCUUUUUAAGAGAAUUAUAAAUACUGUAAUAUAUAAUUUUAUUUUAUCGGCAUGCCUUUUGUAAAUACAAAUUACUAACUUAUUAAAUAGGAAAUGGCUUCUGGCUCACGCCAUUGUCAUGUUUAUUUUUAUUUUUAUACUUUCCUUUCUUCUUAGAACUAGAUGCUGUCAGCCAAUGUACACCCCAACCAGACAGACAGACAAAAAAUUUUUUAUUGCUAAUGGUCUUUUCCAAAACAACAAAAAAUAUAUAUUUUUGUUCCAAUGUGCAAUAAAUUCUAACCACUUCUAUGCAAGAUUUGGCUAAACUUAAUCAUUGUUCUUAGAUCUUGAGAUGGGCAACAGCUAUUUGAUCUUGCUAGGAACACCAAGCGCCAUGCUAGUAAUGUUCUUAAGCUACUAGAGCCUAGAUCUGACCCUCCUCCCCCAGCUCCUGACACAGCCCAGCCGGCUGCUGCCUGCCUCUGUCCCUGCCUCGGGAUCUCACACCUCCGCCCACUGAUUAGCCCUCCCCACCCAUUGCUCCUCCUCCUCUUCCCUGCACCUGGCCACUCCCCCUCCCUCGCCCUCUCUCCAUCCCGCAUCCACACUUCCUGUGAACCACACCAUCACCAGCAGUUCACACCCGCAGUUAACAGGCAUCGAACCUAAAGAAUCAAUCGGCUAUGGCAGUUUCGGGUUGGUUCCGUUUUGUUUUGUUCCGUGUCCUCACAGAGUGAGCAAGUGGAGACGCUUUGCCAAAUACUCAUGAAGCCCACCAAUCAAAGAGCAGCAGCAGCCAGCACCACUGCACAUAUAUAUAUAUAUAGAUAUAUAAAUAUAAAUAUUUAUUUUUUUGUAGCGGGUCCUUGGUGCAGUAUUUAUAUUCCACGAUCCUCCUUUAAAAAUAAAAAUAAAAAAAAAGGACAAAAAGCAAAAAGUCAUGUGAUGCUGUUCAUUUAAAACGCAGAGCUAAAGCCCCUGAGCAGGAGCUACCAUGACUGCUGGUUAUAACAUGAAAACACUCCCCCUCUUCCUUCACUUCCCAGUGGCGUAGGGUGAGGAGACUGGGAGUCCAAGCCGAGGGUGAGAGCCCAGAGUGGCCUGCUCUUGCCGUCACUUCAGCAUUUGAAGCUGUGGGCAGAGAGAAACAAGCUCCCUGGCAGGGCGCCCGGCGCUUCCGAGCCCAAAGGGCUGCUUUCCUUUUAUCUCCACGACCAAUGUAAACUGUAAAAGACCGGUAGAGUGCUAGUGAAUGCAUGGAGGUCAACACUGCGCUGAAUGAGACAUGGUUUCAAAACAGUCAAUUACUAUAAGCCAAAAGGAAACAAAAUAAAAAUGGCCCUUUUUACCACACAAGGGAAGCCUGUCUCGGUGUGUCUGUUGUCUCACUUGCCCAUUCUCGAGUUCUGGAAGGGGGGUCUGGGAACUGGGACCCUGGAGCAUUUGGGAAAAGGAGCCGAGGAACCAGAGCCUCCCAAUUCUGGCUAAGUUGAGACUGCAGAGAAAAGCCAGGUCCUGACCCCCAGGUCCCUGCUGCAGGUCGCAUGUGGCAUUACCCCUUAGGCUGGACCCCUCCCUCAGCCGUCUGACCCAGCAGAGCCCCCAGAGAUGACCUCUACCAACCCAGCUGGACUGGCCUAACUUCUGCCUCAUUCGUGGAAAUGAUUUAAGAAAAAACUACCCACUUCCCCAAAGCCAGUGCAAGCUGGGCAGCAGCUUCUGCUCCACUAGCUAGUGCUGGGCCCUGCCCUUCAUCCACUCCCAUAACUAGACCAGCAGACUGGGGCUGUCCCCCUCACGUGUGUGCAGGGGAGGGGACACGCCUCGGGGACAUCCCUCUCCAGGCCAUGUCUCCUGGUCUAGGAACACUCAGGAGGUCUUGAAGUGCCCACUCUAGUAGCCGAACUGGAGAGAGAUGGCUGAUAGGUCAGUCCCCAUCCUUGUCCUCAGCCCCAGCCUCCAGGCCUUCUGUGGAGGGUUAGGACUUAGUGACUUGAUUCCUGGGCGUCUUCUGGAACGACGCCCCUUUCUUUUCUCAGAUGUUGCCCAAAGUUUUGCAAAAAGCUUCGUUCAUUUUCAGGUACUCCCCCACCCCCUAGAGAAUCAGCUGCCGGCCAGUCAGUCGGGGGCAGGGGGCGUCGGGAAAAGAGGAAGUCUGGGUGUGAGGCCAAGACUUGCACGGGGCUAGUGCUAAACUGGACCCUCUUCUCAAGGGUUCCUCCAUCAAAACACUCCUGAGGCCCCCUGCCCCUGCCCCUAACCCCACUGCUGUUUGUUGUACAUAGAGGCUAAGUGGGGCGAAGUGGGCAGGUGUGCACAUGUGGUGUGUGUGUGUGUGUGUGUGUGUGUGUGUGUGUGUAUGAAGAAUGUACAUAGGUAAAGGGGAGCGUGGUCCAGUGGUUCCAGAAGAGGGACAGAACUGUGUUCCAUCCCUAGCUUGACCACUGGCGCGCUGUGUGGCCUUGGGCAAGUCACUUAACCUCUCUGUGCCUCAGUUUCCCCAUCUGUAAAAUGGGGGUAAUAAUACUGACCUACCUCACAGGGGUGUUGUGAGGCUUUAACUAGGUGUUUUGUAAAGCGAUCUGAGAUACAGAGACCAAGGCGCCAGGGAAGGGCAAAGCAUACUGUGGACCUGAGGAAGGCGAACUAGUUCCAUAAUCGCUGCUAUUCUGAGAGCCAUUUUAAACUGCACUGCUCCAGCCCAUACCCGCUUCUCAUCACCAGGACAGCAGGUCGAGAAAUGUCUUUCCUUGCACUUGCUUCUGGGGGUCGUGAUUCUUACAAUUUUCCCCCCUUGCUGUAUCUCCUUUCUUCCCCGCCUCGACUCGUCCCUGUUCUGUUUAUGCGGAAAUGGCAGAAAUGCUUGAGAAACGAGAAUGUAUAAGCGGAUUGGAAGUUUAUAGUCUGAAUUUUCAAUUUUACUUUGUACUGUACAUCUUUUUACUUUAGAAUUUGCAAUAAAGGGUUACGUCAAUCUUGUUUUCAACUCUC